UUAAUCCCCCUUAUGCCCUGUUGUCUCAACGUCUGCUUCUCCUUUGCUGCUCCAGAUGAUGGGGAUGAUGGAGGGGGAAUCUGAAAAGCCCCCCAGAGGAAACCAAGCUCUGUCAGAAAUGGUGAAGGCGCAGCUUUUUAGGGAAGCCAAGCAGGAAGCUGGAGGGGAUGCAAGCCUACUGGUCGAUGGCUGGCCUGAGCGACAGAGGGCAUCGUUGAGAUCUGCCAGAGAGACUUACUUCCUGGCUCCAGGUAAACCUGAUGAGAGCGGACACGGAGCAGAGCAGCGGGACGGAAAUGAAAACGAGAUGGGAAUGGACCGGUUGGUGGGCUCACAAGGGGGUUUCCAAGCGGCUAAUGAAUCCCCCUUCCUCAACACCGCGGGGAAAUAUGACCCAGAGGGCCUCAGCCAAAGUUCCCACCUUGUUGCGUGCAACAACACUGACCCAGAGGAGAAACAUUACAAGUGUUGGCAUUGCAGCCAGACCUUCAGCAGCAGCUCCGAUCUCUUGACCCACGAGAGGACCCACGUGGAUGAGAAACUGUAUAUAUGUUCCCACUGUGGAGAAAAAAAGAGCCUUCAGCAGCAGCUCCGAUCUCUUGACCCACGAGAGGACCCACGUGGAUGA